AUGGUGAGGGCUUCCUCUCACUUGGCUCGACGCCUCCAGUCCGCGGCAUCUACUCGCAUAAGCUCCCGCAGUGCGUCAUCUUCAAGCACAAUCCAGCAUUUCACCGACAUCAUACGUGACGACCGAGAGACAAACGAAGCGGACCGUGAAGCUGGUACACCUCCCCGCCAACGCCCGAAAGAUGCCACCUUCUCGCGCUUCUUCGAUAAGCGUAUGCCAGCUCCGACCGCCUCGAUAGACACACCGUCUAGGAGACCGAAAGCUUCCCACGAGAUCGUCGCUGCAUCUCGCCAUGCUCUCCAGAUCUUCCGCGACGCAAUUGACGCCCGUAACCCAGACCAAAUUCUCCGUGCAUACGCGUUCCUCGUCCAAGCACACCGAAAGCAUGCCCAAGACGUUCAGGCCAACUCGUCCAAGACCGUUGAAGCCUCCGAUAUAAGCUUUCCCGCUCGCAAAGGCGAUAUCCAGACCGCCAUCAGACACCUCAUCCAGCACGCACAGGGCGAGAGACACAUGAAGCAUCAUCUCGUCGACGCAUGUCACGGGAUGUUCCAGGACAUGAGCCAGCUUUUUGGGUUUCGCGUCGGUCCCACAGAUCUACAUCGACAGCUGCAAACCUAUUGCCUGGCCAAGAGCCCGCUCUACGACCCAGUUCAGGGCUUCGAGCGACUACGUGCAGGCCACCCCGAAUGGCAAACCACCUCCGUCGACUGGAGCAUGAUCAUCUCGUAUCUGGCCCGGCGUGAACAAUACGACCGGGCGGUCACGGUCUGGAAUGACAUGCUCGAGUACGGAGUGCGUCCGGAGACAUCGCUGCGCAGUACAAUGGUCCAAGUUUAUCUUGCCGCCGAGAAACCCGCCGAGGCUAUCGUGCAAGUACAAGAACUAGCAAGGGAAGAGCCGAAGCUCGGUAUCGAUACCCUCACCACAACCGUCGAAGGCCUCUGUAGGCUUGCUGAAAACAGGAAGCUGGACAACAAUUUGACGAACGAGCUAGACACCCUUUCCAGCCAUCUGCGGAAAGCGCUAGAUUCCAGUCGUCAAGCUGGCACGGAUUCAUCGGCAUGGCAAGCAUUGCUGCACUGCGAAGCGAUCGUCAACGGUCCCGCACAUGCGCUGCAGACCGCCAAGAAAGCGUGCAAGCCGGGCCUGCUCGGUAGCAGCGCCGUAUGCAUGCUGCUGCGUCUGCAUGUGGACGAGCUGAACGAUCUCCAGAGCAGCGACGAAGCGCUCGAGCUGCUUGAUCGAGUUCAAACCGCAGCCGACCCGAAACGCACAAUCAAAGUCGACGACAAUGCGUACAGCACCUUGAUGCUCGGGCUGUUGAACAAAUCAGAGGCUCAGGGUGACACGCAUCUGCUGUCCAGCGAUGACGGCAACGGGGGAACGCUCGAGCAACUGCGAGCUCCACCCUCUCCAAACCAGAUCCAUGAGGCGCAAAACCUCUACAACCAUGUUCGCGCACUCGGCGUCGCCGCCACCCCUCUGCUGGUUAAGCCGCUGCUCACGGCCUACUGCGACGCAUUUCUGCCAUCCUUGCCAUCAGCUAUGAAGCUCGUGCGGGACAUGUUGGACCAUCGCUCAUCUUCGACCUCUGUGAGCCGCCGAAGCAAAGACGCACGAGCAUCCACGAUCGAGAUGACGACGAUGCAGCCCGUCCUAGACGCCUGUAUCAAGCUCAAAGACCUCUCCAGCGCACGCGAUCUGCUCUCUCGGCUUUACGACGCCAAGAUCCCCAUUCACGCCAAGGACAAAGCGCACCUCAUCCGUCGGCUCAUCACCAUCGCCACGUCCUGGCCGGAAGCAUUCACCAUCUAUCGCUCCCUGAUGCGCUUUCCCUCACCCACGGGCGCCCGUGGUCUGGACUUCCACGGCUACCACUCUGUCCUCUCCACUUUCACGACCCUCUCCUUCCCCUCUUACCCCGCUGCGCCACCGGAAGACCUCCUCUCCAUCCUCGUCGACAUGCGCUCCACCACCACCCCUCCCACGUGCAGCACCUACACCCUCCUCCUCGACUACUACGCCAAGCUCGCCAUCCCCUCCUAUCUGGGUGUGCAUCUGACGCACGAGCACCUCAAGCGCGACACAUCGCUCGAACCCGAUCUGCCGCUGAUCAACGCGCUGAUGAACGCAUACAACUGGGUGGGGGAGCCGGCGAUGGUGGUUGCCAUCUGGGAUAAUUUGCUUGCAACGCGGCAGGGGGUGGAUGGGGUGACGCUGAGUGUGGUGUUCGAUACGGCGGGGAGGCAUGGGUUGUUGAGUCUGGCGAGGAGGGCGGUAAGGGAUGGGAAAGGGGUGAUGAGCAAGGGCGCGUGGGAUUCGUGGUUGGAGUGCUUGGCGAGGUGUGGGAGGUUGGAGGAGGCGGUGGAGGUGGCGUUUGGCGAGAUGAGGAGGACGUUGUUGCGAGAGGCGAUGGAGAAGGGCACUCUCCCGGAUCAGGAUGGAGGGCUGACGGUGAAUGAGCUGCUGAUGAGGUCGAGUCAGGCAGCGGUGAGGGAUAGGCAGGGACAGGUGGUGGGACCGGACGCAAAGACGCUCAGCACACUGCUCAAGUUCGCUGCUCGCGAGAGGGAUCGGAGGAAACGACAAGCAGGGAUGCCGCUGCUCACAGGACCAACGACAGCAGCAUCGACCGCGAGGUCAAAAGGCACCUCGAUCUGGCACACUUUGCGUGCGAGGAUCCGCGAAGACUUCAGCUGGCUCUAUCCUCAGGUCAAGCACAUUGGCGAGGACACACCCGUCUAG